AUGUACAAAGACAUAUGUAGAAGAUUUAAAGCAAAUGAAGCGUUUGUAACAAGUCAGUAUGGAAUAUCGUCUGGUCUGGUUUUUAAAACAACAUCCAGAGAAAUUCAGAUUGCUAUUCAUGAUCCUCAAGAAGAUCUAAAUAUGUCAAAGGAUGGUAGAACUAUGAGAAAUGGCACUGAAACAUUAAUAGAAAUUCACAGGAGAGAGUACAUAUCUUUACCAAGUCCAUACAUAGGGUAUGGAAAUCAGAUUUGUAUAGACGAAACCGAUUACAGCUUUGUCGAUUGUAAACGUAACUGUUAUAACGAAAUGUUAAAGAAAGAGUGUAGCUGCACGAUGGACCCUUCUCCAAACGGUGAUUUAUAUCAUUCGUCAACACUAUGUGUUUGUCCUCCAGAAUGUCAUGUCAUAAAGUAUGACCAAAUAUUAUCAUCCGUAGCGAACAAAAAUGAUGAUGAUAGCCACUUUCUGACGAUUCGCAUAUAUCUGAAAGACUUGUCAACAACAGUAACAGAACAGGUUCCUAAAUACGACGGUGUUGCGUCAUUAUUAGCAAAUCUUGGAGGACAAAUGGGUCUAUUUCUUGGUGCCAGUAUCCUCACUAUAACAGAGCUGUUGGAAUUUAUCAUAUGUAUCGUGUGGACGGUUAUUCAACGUCGUGCGAAAGGAAGGAAUGCUGUUCAAAAUAUAGACAUCUAAAAAAAGACAUUUAAGAAAGACAUUUAAAAAAACAUUUAAGAAAGACAUUUCAUUCAAUCUAGUAAAAAUUAUUUGCCAGAUAUUUACUUUCUACUUAACAAUUCUUGAAGUAGUGACAAUGGCAACAGAACUAUGCAAUCAAGUGAAAAGUAGAAAGUGAAAAUACGGAAUUUAUAAGAUUACCUAGAAACCCUCUGACUAAAAAAAAAUAGAUAAGAGAUUAAAAAUUAU